AUGGAUCAGGAUUCACAAAGAGCAUUGUCCAACACUCUCUCCAAGCUUGGACUAGAAAAGUUGUAUCCCAACAAACUCACUCUUCGUUCUCUGCUGGCUAUCGACAAAGACAGCAUCUGUGAUAAUCCUGCUUCAUCACCGAAAGAGAUACCACGGUAUUUUCUUAAAAAAUUGCUACAGAUCAAUGCUGACUGCAGAGCCUGCACUGAAUUACCAAAUGGUGAAGAAGAACAUUGUGCUCCCUUCGGCUUAGAACCUUCUACUGCAGAAGACAAUGACAAUAAUGUUCAUUAUCUUGAUCUUAUCGUGGCACUCUUCCUCUGUGCUGACAGUUUCUUAAAACAAAAAAUGGCACUUAGGAUGUCUAUGUGCCAGUUUUCUGUCCCACUGUUGUUGCCACAUUACAACAGCAGUCAAAGUGGUCUGAUGCUUUGGGCUUUGAGAGAUAUUGUCAAAGAAUGUGUUGUCGAAAUAAAUGCACCAUUCUUCUCCUUUGUUAGACUAAAAAACAGCAGUUUAUCAAAAUCUCAGUUGCUCAAUCAUAUACUGAGUCAUGGCCAACAGCAUAAAAAUAUAUUUAUGCACAGGGACAUGGAGGGUGGGGCACAUCAGAGAGAGAUUGCGAAUGGACUGGUGGAGAUUAGCUGGUUCCUUCCCAGUGGAAGAGAAAAUCCAGACUUUUUCCAAAAACCGGUGAUCGUUGCUAAUUUACGAGGAGACAUUUCUAAAUCACCUAGAGAGUUUUCUUUUCUUUGUCAAGAGUCAACAGCUAUCUUUGUCCUCAUGGACAAAAUCCAGGAAGAUGAACAAAGGACUUUAACCUCUUUUCAUGAU